UAGUGACUUGUGCGUGCAGCAGCCAGGCUAGGCCAGGGCACCUGCUGAAAUGUCCAAAAACAAGACAGGUGGGCACAAGGGUCCUUAUAGCCAGAAGAGAAAAGAGGGGGAAGGCAGGACUUGUGUCCGAUUCAAAUGUAGCUUGACAAACACAAUCCUGGAUGUUCUUCACCAGAGAGCAGGCUGGGUUGAGGUCAAAGAGGACGGAGAGUGGGACUUCAACUGGUGUGAUGUGGGCUGGCUCAGAGAGAACUAUGACCACUCUUAUAUGGAGGAGCAUGUUAGGAUAUGCCACUUCCGGAACCACUAUGAGUUGACACGUAAGAACCUGAUGGUUAAGAACCUAAAGCGCUAUAGAAAAACCCUUGAAAGAGAAGCUGGUCGCCUGGAGGCGGCCAAAUGUGACUUCUUUCCGUGCACCUUUGAACUGCCCAGUGAGUACCAUCUCUUUGUAGAAGAGUUCAAGAGAAGUCCUGGCAGUACCUGGAUCAUGAAGCCAGUGGCACGUUCGCAGGGAAAAGGCAUCUUCCUGUUCCGGAAACUCAAGGACAUCAUGGAAUGGAAAAAGAACGGUACCCGCUCUGAGGAACAAAGGGAUGAGGCUCAAGUUGAAAGCUACGUAGCCCAGCAUUAUAUUGAGGACCCCUAUCUCAUUAACGGCAGAAAAUUUGACCUGAGAGUUUAUGUUCUUGUAACAUCAUACCUCCCUCUGAAAGCCUGGCUGUAUAGAGAUGGUUUUGCCAGAUUCUCCAACACCAGAUUCUCCCUCAGCAGUAUUGAUGACCAGUAUGUCCAUCUCACUAAUGUGGCAGUGCAGAAAACUGCCCCAGACUAUGACCCUGAGAAGGGCUGCAAAUGGCAGAUGCAUAAGUUACGACUCUACUUGACCGCAAAACAUGGCAGCGAGACGGUGGAAGCUCUUUUUAAAGACAUUGACAACAUAUUCAUCCGCAGCUUGCAGAGCGUUCAGAAGGUCAUCAUUAAUGAUAAGCACUGUUUUGAACUGUAUGGAUUUGACAUACUACUGGACCAGGAUCUCAAGCCGUGGCUGAUAGAGGUGAACGCUUCUCCCUCCCUCACUGCCAGUAGCCAAGAGGAUUAUGAAUUGAAGUGCAGGCUGCUAGAAGACACACUGCACGUGGUUGACAUGGAAGGCCGCCUCACAGGCAGAGAAAAGAGGGUUGGUGGUUAUGACCUCAUGUGGAAUGAAGGACCCGUCUACAGGGAGGACGUCAGCUUGGAGACUUUGGGAAGCACCUACCAAAUACCCAACACACACCUCGGCUGUGUGAAUGACAGGAAGAAACAGCUUCGACAGCUCUUGAGGCCUUUUCCAGGACCAAAGAGAGCAUGAAAAUCUCCUCCCAUACUCAGAGUUCUAGGACCAACAACACGUUCAUACUAAUACAGGUUUGAUUUGUGUAGAUAUACGCCGUACUGUGUAACGUUAAAAAGUCUCUUUAUGUCAGAUAUUGUGACUGUGGAUAUCCUGCAAACCAGAUCUUUCAUGUGUGUAAAAGAAUGACUCUGCAGAAACGGAAUAAACAAGCCAAAUUCUGAUGAUGUCAUGAAAAACUUUAUGCUGUUUCUCAAAAAAUAGCUGCAGUCAUCUCUACUGAAAGUCACGUCCCAGCAAAACAACAGCACAACCUGGUAAGGUUCUUAAACAUUCCCUCCCUCAUGAAGUGUCUUUGAUGGAUUUACAGACAUCAAAAAUGAGGUGAUACUAAAUAGAAGUCGCUGCUGU